AUGGCAACCUCCAAUACCACACAUGUGAGUUUGAAACUCCUGAUCGACACAAGGGGCUGCAAAGUUUUGUUUGCCGAAGCCAGCAAGGAUGUUGUUGAUUUUCUCUUCAGUCUCCUGUCUCUGCCUGUUGCGACUGUGAUCAGGCUCCUCUCCGAAGACGGCAUGGUUGGUCGCAUGGGAAAGCUUUAUGAGAGUGUCGAAAAUCUCAAUGACACAUACUUGCAACCCAAUCUUGACAAGAACACCUUGCUGAAACCAAAGACCACAGUUGCUGCUGGUGCCAAUAUCCUUCCUUUGCUGACCAACAAUAUUAAUGUCGACUCGAAUUCUAAACAGUUCUACAUGUGUUCAUGCUGCAAUCCCCUUCAUAUUUCCGAUGUUUGUGGAACCCUUUGCCCAAAUAGAAGCGAUUACAUGUCCAUUAGGGUGACUUAUGUUUCCCCACAAGCUUCUUCUUCUACGGUGGUGGCAAAGUCCGGCUGCGAGGGAGGGUAUGUCAAGGGAGUAGUAACAUACAUGGUCAUGGAUAACUUGGAGGUGAAGCCAAUAUUGUCCACCAUUUCAAGUAUUGCUGUACUUAACCAGUUCAAUGUGAAGGAUGUUGGUGCUCUUCAAGAGAAGGUGGUUCAUCUUGGGAUGCAAGAGGUCUGA